AUGGAACCACCAUCACCAUUAAUUAAAUCAAAUUUAACAAUUCAUGAAUUGAAUGUUAAUUUAUUUGAACCAAUAAUUACAGAAGAGAAUGAUAAAAAGGUAGCCUCAAUUGAUGGUAUUUUAAAAGCAACUCUUCAAAUUCCAAUUCAAUCAACAAAAAGAAAAUUAUUAUUAAUUGUAAUUGUUGAUAAGAGUAGAUCAAUUCAAACUGCAUGGUUUCAAAUUCAAUCAACUCUUUUAAAUUUAUUUUCAAUGAUUAGUAAUGUUGAUCAAGAAAUUAUUUUAGAAAUUUUAUUCUUUAAUAGUUUUUGUUAUAGAUUAAAAUAUACAAAAGAAAAUUUUAGAGAAUUAAUUUUAAAUGAGAAACCAAAUGGUAAAACAUGUUUUGCAGCAGCAUUUUCAAUGACAGAAGAUACAAUUAAAAAAUAUUAUAAGAUUAGUUCAGAAUUUAAAAGUGAAAGAGAUUUUGAUACACAAACUGAUACAGCAAUUGUAUUAUUAACAGAUGGUAGUCAUACAACUACAAGAGAUCAUAAAAAGGCAUUUAAUAAUUUACGUAAUACUAUUGAUUUGGUUAAAAAUGCAUCCAUUGUAACAAGUACAAUGGGUUUUACACCAAAUUCACGUUUUACUGAUUUAGAUGGUAUUAGAAGAUUAUUGGGUAAUUCACCAGGUAUUUACCAAUAUAGUGAUCCUUCCGAUGGUGCAUAUGCUCUUCAAGAGAAAUUAACUUUUAUUUUAAAAUAUGUUUUAAAUUCAAGUAAUACAUUUAAUUUAAAUAUUAAAAUUGAAACAAUAUAUAAUAAUAAUACUACUACUACUACUACUACAACUGAUGGUUCAACUACUACUACCACUACCCCUACUACUGUUGAUAAUCAAAAAAGUUUAAUAACAUUUAAUAACGAAACUAUUAAAAGUUCAAUUAAAAAGAAUUAUCAAUUAACAUUUGAUCAAUUUGGUAUUGGUGAAAUAUCAUUAGGUAUAAAUUCAAGUGGUUAUAAUAUAUCAGAGAUUAUAGUUGAUUUCGAUAUUAAUGGUGAUGAAAAAUUGAGAGAAAUUAAAUCAAUUAAAGCAACAAUAAAGAAUGAUCAAUCAGAGGAAUCAAAAUAUUAUACAAUUUUAAUUGGUUUAGAUUCAAAGAUUAAUUUAUUGUUAAAUGAAAUUGAAAGAUUUAAUGUAACAAAUAAACCAAGUGAGAAGCAAAAAUCUGAAUAUUUAAAACAGAUAAUUCAAUAUCAAAGUAAAUUAAGUGAAAUUGAUAAUAUGAAGUUAUUUAGAAUUAAAUCUGCAAAUCGUUCAGAAUUGGUUGAAUUAAAGCAACAAUCAUUGAAUAUGACAUCACAGCUAUUGGAUUUAAUUAAUAGUUGGGAUCGUUCUGAAUGGUCAACCACAUCAAAUGCUCGUGUUGCUGAUAUUACCUAUCGUUAUUUAUUUAAGAAUACAGGUCGUCAAAGACGUAUGAAUUUAAAGGUUGCUAGAAAUUCAACAAAUAUUAAAGAGGAAGCAAAUAAAUUCAAAGAUUUACAAAUUGAUAUGGAUGAAUUGGAGGAUAUUGCAGAUGGUGAUGACGAAAAGCAGUCAUCACUUUUAGAAGCCUCAAAGCAAUUAUUUACCGAUGUUUUAUCUUUAUCAGAUUGGACUGAAGCUUUGGAGGAAAAGGAUAUUAUGGGUUUCGGUUUAUCAAUUCAAAGACCUGAAUCUGUAAUUGAUGAUCCAACUCAAAUUCGUAUUCAAGAUAUUUCAACCACUUUUAUUUGUAAAUCUUCAAUUGAGGAUGCUAUUGCUUUAUCAUUGGAGGUUCACGGUCAAGAAAAGACUACUGGUGGCUUUGAAGUUGGUCAUGAUAAACAGUCGGUUGCAGUUAGGGGUAGAGGUAGAGAAGCUAUCAACUCUUUCUUACCAUUAUAUUUACAUAAAGAACAUUGGAAACCAAUUAAAUAUCAAUUAAAGAAUAUCAUUGCCUAUUUUGUAACUUUAGAUCCAUUGGCUUUCUCUUUUGAUCAAAUUAAUGCUUUAUUCUUGGUUUUAGGUACAUUAAUUUCAAAGAAUGAUAUUGGUGAACGUGAACUACUCUUGGCAAUUCAAUUCACUCGUACAUUACGUGAAGUUGCUGUUCAUCUUAAUUUCAUACCAAGAAUGUUACAACAAUUAGAUGCAAUUGUAAAUAAUCCAAUUUAUUUAAUAUCUGCUCAACCAAAGAAUUUAUUCGUUUUAACUUCUUAUCUUUUGGUGCUCACUGAUAAAGAAUUGGAAACUGUAUUUAAAAAUGGUUCAAAUGAUCAUUUUAAAUUAUGGCAAAAUAUUUUAGAAUCUUCAAUUCGUCGUGCUUGUUAUACAUUUUUUGAUAAAAUGGAACAAACUAAAAUUGAUUCUUUCUUAUUUCAAAUUUUAUUUGGUAGUUCAAAUGAAAAAAUUCAAGAAAUUGAUAAUGAUAAUGGUAAUCUUGAAAAAGAACCAAAUGAAUUAUUUGAUUUAUUAUUAAAUUAUAAAUUUGAUCAAAUUAAAUUUAAUGAGCAACAAGAUUAUGCUGAAUUAUUAAAUAUUAAAAAGAAAACUUUCACUGAUGAUGAUGUAGAUCAAUCACGUACUAUUAAAAGAGUAAAUCUAGAAAUGGUUCAAUCAAUGAUAAGAAUUUCAAAUUUAUUAGAGAAUAGAGGUUAUCCAAAUAUUACUAUAUUAUUAAAUUCAUUAAGAUAUGUUAAAACUUGGAGAUCAAUUUAUAAAGAUCAAGAUAAUAUAUUCAAUGUAAUCGAUUCAAGAUAUGGUAUUCCACCAACUGAAUAUAUUGAAAUUAUGAAAAAUGGUACAAGAUCUUCUUCAACAACUGGUAAUUCUGUUGUUAAUAAUAAUAAUAAUAAUAAUGGUAUUGGUAAUUUCAUUAAUACAAUUAAUAAAUUCUAUGGUGAUUCUUUAAAUUUUACACCUGAAAUUUUAUUAGAUCAUUUAAGAGCUAUGAUCGUUCAAGCAGUUUCUUAUAGAAUUAAUAGACAUGCCACUUUUGCUGUAGUUGAAAAGAAAUUAGAAACUAGUGUAUUCGAUGAUCAUAAGAAAUGUAUUUCAAAUAUUACCAAUGAUGUUAUGUAUCGUGCAGCUGAUGCAAUUAGAUCAAUGAAAGCAAUUUUAAUGUUUUCUGCAACUAUGGAUAAGGCUGCAAGAUCAACUACAAUGGAUGAUUUUAUCAGUACAAUUCCACCUAUUAGAAAUUCAUUUUUUAUGAAAUUCGUUCACUCUUUAAUGGGUUUUGGUAAUAAUCAAUUUGGUGAAUUAAAAUUUGUUGUAUUCCUUUCAAAUAUCUUUGUAACUUGUGAUGAUUAUGGUACUAUUUCAACUAGAAAAAUCAAAGAUCACACUUGGGAUUUUGGUAAACAUUUUUAUAAAGUUAUGAUUAGAUCAUUUGGUAUUGAUAAAACAAAACAAAUCGUUCAAAAAGUUAAUCAUCAUAUUUAUUUACAUGAUCGUAAAAUUUUUUAUCAAAAUGAUGAUGGUGUUUGGGAAAAUAAUUAA